AUGCCUACUGGGUCCUCAAGCUCCAGGGACGAGGCUUUAAGGAACAAACGUGUCCGGAUCCUGUCACGCGGGCUGCCGAAACAGAAGCCCAUAGAAGGAGUUAAGCAGGUGGUGGUCUUGGCUUCUGGAAAAGGGGGAGUUGGAAAAUCAACAACAGCAGUGAAUAUAGCCCUUGCCCUAGCAGCAAAUGAUUCGACAAAAGAAGUUGGUUUACUUGAUGCAGACGUAUAUGGACCUUCAAUUCCAAAGAUGAUGAACUUAAAAGGAAACCCAGAAUUAACAACAAAAAAUCUAAUGAGGCCGCUUAAGAACUAUGGAAUCGCAUGCAUGUCUAUGGGCUUCUUGAUAGAAGAGACUGCCCCUGUUGUGUGGAGAGGGCUCAUGGUAAUGUCAGCUGUUGAGAAAUUGUUGAGACAGGUUGACUGGGGUCAGCUGGACUAUUUAGUAAUUGACAUGCCACCUGGGACUGGAGAUGUACAGUUGUCAGUCUCACAGAAUAUUCCAAUUGCAGGAGCUGUGAUCAUCUCCACUCCGCAAGAUGUGGCGUUACUGGAUGCACGCAAAGGAGCUGAAAUGUUUAGAAAAGUUCAUGUACCUGUUUUAGGACUGGUUCAAAAUAUGAGUGUUUUCCAGUGUCCCAAAUGUAAGCAUGAGACACACAUUUUCGGAGCUGAUGGUGUAAGAGAUCUAGCAAAAACCCUUGGAUUGGAUAUUUUAGGAGACAUUCCACUGCACGUUAAUAUACGAGAGACAUGUGAUUCAGGACAGCCUGUUGUGAUCUCGCAGCCUCAGAGUGAUGCAGCUAAAGCCUAUCUAAAGAUAGCUAUGGAAAUAGUAAGACGACUGCCAGUACCUCCCGCUUGAAGUGUUUAUCACUGAAACUUACCAAACAAGCAAUUUUUUGGCGUGACCAAUGCAGAAGAGUCCUGCUACGUAAUUACGUGGAUGCCAUAUUUUAGUUCUAAGAACUUUUUAGGAGUUAAUUUACCAGAGGUUAAAUUAUGAUUGUGGUAUUUACUGUUUUUCAAAUCAUUGUUUGGCCAUGUCCAAAUGGAUUGAAGUAUGCAAAAGAUGACAGACGGUAUUUAACUGCUGGAUUGUAACAUCAUCAAGCAAGAAGAGAUAAAGUAUAUAUUUUUUUGCAUGUGUCCUGUUUUAAGGUCAAGAUAAACAGCUGCCCCAGCCAAGCAGAAUGAUGAAAGGGGUGCCAAGGCAUAAGUCCUCCUUAAAAAAUGACAUUUGCCAUACUCUGAUUUCUGUCAAUUUUGGUUCAACUUUUUACUUGGUUAACUACCAAGCUCACCUUAAGUGCUGCAAAAUUUUAAGAAGCAAAUUCAGUUAUGUAACUGCAAUACUUUUGUGUGUUCAUCUUAAAAUAAAAAAAAUUCCACAUAUACUCUGAAGAGUUCUUGUGAUG